GGUAACCCCAAAUAUCCAGACAUACUCUUCCAUGUCUAGUGAAGUGCUUCUUCAAAUGUGGACAGCUUCUUCUUCUGCCUCCGCCUCCGCCUCCGCCUCCACCUCCGCCUCCUCCUCUCCCUCUCCGUACCUCCACCACCCCAAAACCAUGGAAGAAGUCUGGAAAGACAUAACCUUCGCUGCCUCCGAUCUCCACCUCAACCCCUCCUCCCCUCGCGGCCUCAUCCUCCAAGACUUCUUCUCCAAAGCUCCGCCGCCCUCCUCCGUCCCUUCCCACGCCUCUCCUCCUCCCCCUCCCCCCACAAUGCUCACCCUCAGCUCCUCCGCCGCCGCCGCCCUCCUCUUCCAGCCCCACUGCCACCCCGCCGCCCUCGACGCCGUCGUCCCCGAUGACUCCGCCGCCGGAAAGAAGAGGUUCCCUGAUUUCGAAAGGAACUCCGGCGACCGCCGCCAUAAGCGUAUGAUCAAGAACCGCGAGUCCGCUGCUCGCUCCAGAGCUAGAAAGCAGGCUUAUACAAAUGAGUUGGAGUUGGAAGUAGCCCAUUUGCUUGAAGAGAAUGCCAAACUCAGAAAACAGCAAGAAAAGUUUUAUAGAGAAGCAGCUGCUGAGCACCAGAAAAGGAAGCCUCUCCAUAGAACAUCCACUGCUCCAUUUUGAAUUUUGAAUUUUUUUUUUGUUUUUUUUGGUUCAUGAAAACCGGUGGGAACUCAGUACUAAUAUUAAUUAUUAAUUAUUACUAUAAUGUCUCUAGAUGUUAGAAUGGAUUUUCACUGGAGGGCCCUUUUCCUCUUUUGUUGAUCACUCCUUUGGAAUCCAUCACCAAGAUAUGAAUAUAUCUUCUUUUGUCACUGCAAA